CGCGUGUCUACAAUUUCGUCGAGUGAAAAUGAAAUGCACCCCGGGCUCGCAAGCCGUUGCAUGUGAACGCUGCGCGCGCAAAUCGCUUGAAUGCAUCUUUGAGCCCCACCGUCGAGGCCGAAGGCCCGGAACAAGGGUAUCAAAGCGAAAAUCGGUGACACCUAGAUACAACUUGUCAAGUGAAUUGCGACCCGAGAGGACGGCAGUUCCAGAGGAAGAUGUCCCUGUACUUGAACCGCCGCCCGCAAUGUCACGGUCAACUACCGGCUCAGAUGGGUUACAGCCUUCUGGUGUGCUCAAUCAUGAGGCCAUGAAGGGGCGAUUCUCCCUGCGAUAUAUUCUUGGCUCGGGAGAAAAUGAAAGACCGGAGCGGCAUGAAGGCGACCACAGCGACUCGCCCGACGAUCCGAUCUGUUUGGGCCUGAUCAAUAUAUCUAUUGCCCAGUGUCUAUUUGAUCAGUGA